GGUGGACGGCCUCAUUGUCCCUCAAAAGAGAACACCUGGUGAUGCAAGGAACCAGGCGACGUCUGGCUGCAGUUCCGACUCAGAGAGCGGAGAAAACGCGUUCGUAGGUUGCCAUGGGAACCGUCGGACCGGAAGCCUCUCCUGCUGCAGCUGUCCGUUAGCAUCUGCGGCGACACGAGCAAGGUCUCAGCUUGUCCACACUCCGAGAAAAUGAGCCAUCGUGUCAAACCUGUGACCUGCACGGUUAAAGCCCCGGUCUAUCUGCAGAUCGGAGAUAAGAGGACCAACGGCUCUGGUGUCUGUGUGCUGGACAUAAGUCUCCCUUUCGGCAAGCCUGUCGACAUAGAGGAGAUCGCCUUUAAGAACUACUACACAGCAUCUGUGACCGUCCGACUCCUGAGAAGGGGCGCGGGUCAGGACACGGCAGCCAAAUGGACCACGGCACUGAGAGACAUGACUUUGAUGGACAACCCUCACACAGAGGGAGGAGCGCAGGACUACUACUCCAUCCACAGGACCCAGAUGAGCGUGGAAGCAGACAACGUGGUGACGGUGAGACUGAUCCUCAGACAGCCAUCGUCGGCCUGGAUGUCCUUCACCCUAGAGGAGCUCCAGAUCUUCCCUCAUGUGGCCGCGGAUCCCGACUGUGAUGUCUCCGACUGGUUGUCUCAUCUGAACAUGCUGGACCAGCAGCCGGAACUUGAGGGUCUACCAGACCCUCAAACCGUCUCAUCCAGCAUCCAGCAGAUGUGGGCCCUGACCGAGGUGAUGAAGAGCAACCAGACAGCUGCCUCCAUCGGACGCUUCGAUGUGGACGGACGCUACGACCUCAACCUGCUGUCUCUCAGCUGAGUCAUCGUCACGUUGGACCAACGCCAGUGAGCGAGUGGAUAAAGUGCCGGCCAUAUUUUCAAUGGGAGGGUAAAAUGAUUCCUGGUUGAUGACAUUAUUCCCCCCAUGUCCCAUGAUGAGUGCAGACAGUGUCAGGUCAGAACCAGCUGAUGUGGAAUGGUCACUGCUUCUCUGCUGUUCAACAACUCAUUUCGUUCUAUAAAAAAAAUAAAUAAAG